GUAACCACGUAGGCCUAAGACAGAGAGGCGGUGUGCACUUGCUCUGCGGUUUUUCGUUAAAAGUUGUGGUUUAAAGUGGACGGAGGGUGUUGCAAGUGGGUAUAGUGUUGCAACUAGUGUUGGUGCACGGCCUGGCGUGGGCACAAGCCCCAGGGACACGUCUGGUGCUCAAAAAUCGACUGAGAUGGGCACUCCGGUUAUGUGACAAAGUCCGGCGGUUUGGCGUGGCGUUUUAAAGUGAAACAGGCAAUUCAUGGGUUAAAAUUCAGGUAUUACGUUGUGAUUCUAGAACAAGUAGAUGUGAGGAGGCAAUUUGUGCAUCAGUAAAGAGACAAGCGAGGUGUGUGGGUGCUAGAGGAGGGUGCAAGUGGGAGUUGGCUGGUGGGGGCCAUCAUACUCGCCCCAGCGUCCACUCCCUCUACUUUGUUGGCAGAUUACACCUCCGCCACAAGCCCAUCACACACACUACAACUGUUGUGAAUUCAAAUUCCUUGUCAUACCAAGGCAAUGGAGACGGCUGACAUUUUUCGAGCAGAUGUAAUGUAGUGCGUGAUGAAACGUCGUGUUGAUGAUCUGUCUGGUCGGGGCGAGGCAGUGUCAGGCAUUGUUAGUGCUGGGUGUGUUGCUGGGGGACUCACCCAGGGGGGGCAGGGGGUUGUCAGUGGCCCCGGGGGGGUCGGUGGGGCACCAGGGAAUUACGUGCGAGGCUCUACCAUCACACAAUUGGGUACUCGCCCCGGUCAGCCCACUACAGCAGCAGUAACUGCAGCAGCAGUGGCUGUGACAGCUGUUGGAGCACCUGUGCCUGGGGUUGUACCUGUGCCAGUCACCAAUGCUGGUCAAGGGGUUGGUGGUGCACCUUCACCUCUUGACCACCAACCUCAUAAUCCAGCACCUCAGCCAGUUCUUACAGGUUAUGGUGGAAGCAAAGUGGAAAUGCAUACAAGCAUACAUCACACACUCCCUUCAUACUCAACUGGUCUGCCCACUGCACCCCAACCCCAGGGUGAUGGUCUGUCGGGCGUGGUAGAGGGGCGUGCUGUAGGUGGAGCGGGUGGGCUGGUGGCCCCGGGUGGAGUAGGACCACCCCCGUCUGUCCUCCAGCACGUGACUGCCCACUCCCAGGUGCGCCACAAGGUCUCGGGGGUGGGCAGUACAAGUGUGGUGCACCCGACAGCAGCAGUUGCAGCUGCAGCAGCAGCAGCUGGGGCGACGCAAGGCUCAGGCCAGUUCCAGAGAUUAAAAGUUGAAGAUGCACUCUCCUACUUAGAUCAGGUGAAACUAAGGUUUGGGAAGCAGCCACAGGUCUACAAUGAUUUUCUGGAUAUUAUGAAAGAGUUCAAGUCUCAGUCCAUCGACACUCCUGGAGUCAUCGCUCGUGUGUCACAACUCUUCCGUGGUCAUCCAGAGCUCAUUGUCGGCUUCAACACCUUCCUUCCGCCCGGCUACAAAAUUGAGGUGCAAGGGAAUGAGCAGGUGAAGGUGAGCGUAAGUGUGCCAGGACAGCAGACAACAGUAGUUCACACACCUCAGGGGGUUCAUCACCACAUCACCUCUACACACCAUCCUCCACCACCACCACCACCGCCCACGGUUACUCUCAAGCCCUCUCAUCAUCCCCCACCUCCUAGAUCCACAUUGCCUGCUAGUGUGACACAACAUACUAGUCCUAGUUUAGUUGGCACUCACAAUGUCCAUACUGGGACUGGAGGUGGCACAGGGCCUGGGAGUGGAGUCAGUGGUGGAACAACUGUGGGAGGUGGUGGUGGUGGUGGUGGGGGAGGCAGCAGUGGUGGGGGUGGGGGUUGUGGUGGUGCUGGGGGUGUUACUGGCAGUAACACUAGUACUAGUACUGGAGGAGGAACUCCAAGUGUCACUCAGGUAGCAAGCAGUGUUAGUGUUGGUAGCAACACGUCCACCGGCACUAACUCUGGUAGCAACACAAGUGCCACAAGUAAUACUGCAGGGAGUACACAGCACUCUACCAACACUGCUCCCCAGCACCCUAGUCGUGAACCCCAGCCACCCCCUCCACACCAGCAUCACCACCACCACCACCAGCCUCCAGCACAACCUGUGGAGUUCAACCAUGCCAUCAAUUAUGUUAAUAAAAUUAAGUUACGGUUUCAAGGUCAACCAGACAUUUACAAGCAGUUCCUAGAAAUCCUUCACACAUACCAGAAAGAGCAACGACACAUCAAGGAUGGUGGAUCCAUACCUACUAGAACGCUUACUGAAACUGAGGUGUAUGAGAAGGUUGCUAAGCUAUUUGAAAACCAAGAAGAUUUGUUGCAAGAGUUUGGUCAGUUCCUCCCUGAUGCCACAAACAAUUCUGCAGCCCAGGCUGCAGUUUCUGACUUUAUGGACCAGUAUCGCACUCACCAUGGGGGCAAUAAGACAGUAAGCAAUGAUCACACAACAGUGAAGAAGACCAAUAUAAAAAGUAGCUGUGGGUUGGGUUCAGGUAAUAACCUGGUGAGUGGGCCUGGUAAUGUGCCAAAUAAAACCUCGCCCAUGUUCGGCCAUCAGCUAAAGCGUCCACACUCAGGCCCAACUCAGGGCCACACCCACUCUCAUGCCCAACCACCUGUGAAGAAACCAAAGCUAGGGUACCUGAAGGAUAUGAGUGCUGCCGAAGCCGGCAAGUACGCAACUCUAGCAGAAUAUGCCUUCUUCGAUAAGGUUCGGAAAGCUUUACGUCAUGAAGAAACCUACCACAAUUUCCUAAGAUGUAUCACAUUGUAUAAUGAAGAAAUAAUUACCCGUUCUGAGUUGGUUCAACUAGUCCAUCCCUUUCUCGCCAAGUUCCCCGAUCUUCUUAAGUGGUUUAAGGAGUUUGUGGGGUAUCGUGAAGGAGCAUUGGGCAGCUCAGAUAUAAUUCCUUCAUCAGUUGCGAAGCAAGAGAGAAUUAGUGGUGAUUUGGCUAUGGAAAUAGAUUAUACAACAUGCAAGAGACUAGGUGCAUCUUACUGUGCUCUGCCCAAAUCCUACCCACAACCCAAGUGCUCUGGCCGAACCAGUCUCUGUAAAGAGGUUCUCAAUGAUACCUGGGUGUCUUUUCCUUCUUGGUCAGAGGAUUCCACUUUUGUCACUUCCCGUAAAACGCAAUACGAAGAAUAUAUAUAUCGAUGUGAAGAUGAAAGAUUUGAGCUGGAUGUGGUACUGGAGACAAAUUUGGCAACAAUGCGUGUGUUAGAAGGUGUACACAAAAAACUCCAGAGGAUGAGUCCAGAGGAAGCAGCUAGAUUUAGAUUAGACGACUGUCUAGGAGGAAACUCGCCUACAAUACACCAAAGGGCUAUUCGAAGAAUAUAUGGUGAUAAAGCUCCAGAUAUUAUAGAUGGAUUAAAAAAGAACCCAGUUGUUGCAGUGCCUUUGGUUCUGAGAAGGUUAAAAGCAAAGGAUGAGGAAUGGCGGGAAGCACAGAAAGGUUUUAACAAAAUAUGGAGAGAGCAGAAUGAAAAAUAUUACCUAAAAUCCCUGGACCAUCAGGGUAUUACAUUUAAGCAAACUGAUGUUAAAACGAUACGAUCGAAAAGCCUUCUGAAUGACAUUGAAACUUUAUUUGAUGAGCGUCAUGAGCAAGCUGAAGAGUCUGGUGAAGUUAUUACUGGCCCUCAUAUGGUACUUCAUUAUCCUGAUAAAUCUAUAAUAGAUGAUGCAUCAAACUUAGUAAUCCACCAUGUCAAGAGACAAACAACAUACCAUAAAGAUGACAAGGUCAAAAUCAAGCAGAUUGUCAGACAUUUUAUUCCUGACCUUCUCUUUCACACAAGACAAGAAAUGUCUGAUGAUGAGAAAGAUAUGGAAGAAGAGGAAGAGGAUGAAGAUGAUGGCAAGAGUGAAGGAAAGUGUGAAGGUGGUGGUCGGAGGGAUCUGAGAGGACGUGAAUGCAAGCAAACUUCAUCUACCCCUUGUGCCACUAAUAAUAAUUCCAAUAAGCGAAAAACUAGAAAUAGAGGUAUUGAACCAGAGAAAGAUGGUGAUGUGAAAUGUGGGAGAGAAAAUAGUGGGAAUAAUAAUAAUAAUAAUAAUAAUAAUAACAAUAAUAAUAAAACCAAAGAUGAUAAUAAAAAUAAAGUUGCACUCAAUGGUGAUGCAACUGAAGAUGAAAAAAUUAGUAUAAAGACUGAAGUUGAUGAUGAAAAAAUGGAAGUGAAAGAAGAGCCUGGAACUGUUGGGAAUGGCAAUGUUCAGCCGGAUGAUGAAUACAGAUUAUUCAUGUGUAACAACAAUUGGUACCUUUUUCUUCGGUUACAUCAAAUUUUAUGUUGUCGUCUCACUACCAUGUAUGAACAUGCUGUCCGAAUAGCUGCCGAGGAGGCCAAGGAUAAAAAGGAUAGGAAAGAAGCGACAGCAGUUGCCCUUAGACUCAAACCUAAAAAUGAAAUAGCUAUUGAAGACUAUUACCCAGCCAUGUUAGAUAUGGUGAAGAAUGUUCUGGAUGGCAAUUUGGAAUCCACAGCAUACGAAGAUACAUUACGAGAAAUGUUUGGCAUCCAUGCUUACACUGGUUUCACAAUGGAUAAGGUAAAGUGAUGUUACAAAAAUGCA